AUGGCAGCCAAUAGUCUUUCCAUUUCACUACCACCACAAUUUGUAGGAGAGAACUACCAAAUCAGGAGUGUUAAAAUGGAAACCUAUUUAAAGGCAUAUGACUUGUGGGAAGUGGUCGAGACAGGUAGGGAUCCACCACCAUUGCCAGACAAUCCAACCAUAGCUCAAGUGAAGCAUCAUAGUGAGCAAGUGGCUAAGAAAUUUAAAGCUCUAUCAUGCAUUCAUCAAGCAAUCUCAGAGAGCAUUUUCACAAGAAUUAUGGCUUGUGAAACAGCUAAAGAAGCCUGGGACAGAUUGAAAGAGAAGUUCCAAGGAACUGACAAGAAUAAGCAGAUGCAGCUGCUAAACUUGAGAAGAGAGUUCGAAACUCUCAAAAUGAAGGAUUCUGAAUCUGUAAAGGAAUACAUGAAUAGAGUAGUGAAAGUAGUGAAUCAGAUUAAGAUGCUUGGAGAUGAGUUUCCUGAAUCAAGGAUAGUGGAGAAGGUUCUUGUCAUUCUUCCUGAGAGAUUUGAAUCAAAAAUCUCUUCAUUGGAGGAUUCCAAAGACCUUUCAAAACUAAGUCUCUGA